GGAUCUUUGGAUACGUGAUCUUCUUUCUCUUCUCCUCCUGCUCCUCGUAAAGACAGGAUAGGAAAAUUAGGAAUUACUGUUGAAAUAACCCUUGUUUUCCGGCAGAUUUAACAAGAUCUCAACUCCAUAUUUGCUUCCAAUUCGUUUCACUUAUCUUUAUCUUUUUAUAUAUAUAUUAUAUGUUAUAUACGUUUCAGCUUCUCUCGCCAUACUCUUCCCGCAAUCUUAUAUUCAUUGCCCUAAUUCUCAAUCGCUGCAGCUCCAUUCACCUCUUCGACUGAUUAAUCACUCUUUCGGUUCUCGAUUCUUCACUUACAUUCCGGGUAUGUAGUUUUACGGAAAAUAUCCAAUUCAAUUUCGCUACAUUGUUUGUCAGGUCGAAUGUGUGUUAUUAUUAUUAGGUGGGGGAUUCUUAGUUUAGCAAUCGAUAGUUAGUUGAUAGAUUUGAUCAUGAGAAAGAAGAGGAAAGGGACUGAGGUUCUGCGCUCAAAUAAAGGGGAUCAAACUGUAGAAUCAUCUCUCGAUACGAGAUCCUCCUUUUCAAACUUGAAAUCUCAUUAUUCAUUGGAGGAUUAUGCAAGGUUGAGGAAGAAGUGUAAGGAAGAUGUGGUGGGUAAUGAUGAGCCUGAUGAGUCGUGUAACAAAAACAGACUAAUGAGAACUGCAGCCACUGCACCUCCUUGUGGAACAACAUCUUCAGUUUCGGCAGGAAGGGGUCUCAAGAGAAAGAUAGGCUGUAUUGAUGCGGCUACACAGAUGGGUCGGAAGAAUAAGAUUUUGGAAGACUAUAUUAGAGGUGAUAACAUUGGCAAGGGUAAGUUUGGAUCUGUUUGGUUGUGUAGGAGAAAGUUUAAUGGUCUGGAAUUUGCUUGUAAGACUUUGAAGAAAGGGGAGGAAACCGUUCACCGCGAAGUUGAGAUUAUGCAGCAUUUAUCGGGUCAUCCUGGUGUUGUUAUGUUGGAGGCUGUUUAUGAGGAUGAUGAAUGCUUUCACCUUGUAAUGGAGUUAUGUCCUUGUGGGCGGUUAAUUGACCAAAUGACUGAGGAAGGCAAAUAUACAGAGCAACGGGCUGCUAACCUGUUUAAGGAAUUGAUGUUGGUUAUGAGAUAUUGUCAUGAGAUGGGUGUUGUCCACCGAGAUAUAAAGCCUGAGAAUAUUCUUCUCACUGCUGGAGGGAAGAUAAAGCUUGCAGAUUUUGGCUUAGCAAUGAGGGUUUCAAAUGGUCAGAAAUUAACUGGUUUAGCUGGAAGCCCGGCUUAUGUUGCCCCAGAAGUUCUGUCUGGAAAUUAUUCAGAGAAAGCAGACAUAUGGAGUGCCGGAGUUCUCUUGCAUGCUCUCUUGACUGGUGCACUUCCGUUUCAAGGAAACUCACUGGAAGCUGUUUUUGAGGCCAUAAAGAAUACCAAUCUUGAUUUUCACACAGGAAUAUGGGAGUCUGUUUCUAAGCCAGCAAGAAAUCUAAUGGAACGAAUUCUUACUAGAGAUGUUGACAAGCGAAUAACAGUUGACGAAGUGCUAAAUCAUCCAUGGAUCUUAUUUUAUACAGAACGAACACUGAAGACUCUUUCUGCCAGAUCAAAAGCAAAAGUCCAAUCCUCUUCCCCUUCUCCUUCCCAGCCACUAACUAACACAUGUUUGGAUGCUUUGUGUUCAUCACUACCCUUGUCUGGAAGUUCAGGUGGAAGGGGGGCAGAAGAGCAAGAUGAAAAUGGUUUAGUCGAUGCACUGUCUGUGGCUAUUUCACACGUGAGGAUUUCAGAGCCGAAGAAGGUCCGUCUAUGUGGACCAACGAGCCCUAUAAGGGAGCAGUGCUCGUCUAACUUGAAUCCUAACAGCCUCUGCAAAGCGUUUUAACAAAACCAACCCCCAACAAAUGGAUUAACCACCUGCCCAACUGUUCCCGGCUAUAUUUUUUUUAUGGGGGGGAUGGGUUUCACGAUUAACAACCCAUUUGGAUUAUUUUCUACGAAUUUAAGGAUAACAUGAGUUUAAUUUGUCUUCUAUAUGCUAUGCUCACUUUGUUUGACCAUGAGUAGUAGUAUUGUGAAAUAACAUGAUGUGUACAGAUCUCGAUGAUGUAAAUAGAGAAGGGUGUUUGUGUGUUUUAGAGAAGCUACUCGAAUGUCUUAAGUUUUCUCUACUGUAAUAUGCUAACAAUUUCGUAAUCUCAAGUCACCUUGGUG